AUGGCUAUGAAUAUGCCAUCAGAUAGCCUUGUCAGAUCAGGGCAGCCACUAUCACUAAUAUCCCAGGCAAAGCAUGAAGAAAGGCAAAACUACGACCCCGAUUUUUGGCACAUGAAGUUCCGAGAUUUCAGUCCCUCGGAAGGGUCCGACCCCAUCCAGGAUCUCAGGAGAAUGUCUGAGCUAUGCUAUCAGUGGCUGAGGCCGGACCUGAAUAGCAAGGAGGAGAUCCUGGAUCUUCUGGUGUUGGAGAAGUUCCUAAUCAGCAUGCCACUAGAGCUGCAGGCCUUAGUGAAGGAGAACAGAGUUAGGAGCUGCAAAGACCUGGAGGAGAUGAUGCUGAGGACCAGGAAACACCAGAAGUGGUCCAUAAUCUACUCCCAAGGCCAGGCAUACCUCCUUCGGGAUUCCAGCGUUGAGAAGGCUGAAGCCUCACCGGAUGAAUGGGGGGAUUAUAAGGAUUUGUUCCAAGAGCACCAAUCAAAUGAGAGCAAGGAGUCUCUCUACAGAGGCCAGGCUAUUCCAGAGAUGCAGAACCUGUCAGAGACUGAAGAGCCAUCCACCAGCCAGGAAGAGAACAUUUUGCUGGGACUGAUUCCUGGGAGGGUACAGCAAGACUACCUGAGACCUGAGCACAGCCUGGGGAAUGACUCGGUUCCUGAUUGGGAAGAGGCAGGGGCAUCUGUGCCUGUUGGUCAGGACCCUCAUCCAACACAGGGUCUUGCUCUUUCCCUCAGAGAAAAGGGUGCCAUACUGCCCCAGGAAUACACGGUUGUGGGUGCUGUACCGUCGUCUACCCAUAUUCGGGAAAGAUAUUUAGCCUUGAAUAGAGAUCUUCAGAGUCUUCGUAGUUUUGGUGGUUUCAAUUUACCCACUUCUCAAGGAGUGGCCUCCUACACGGGCAAUGAUGAAGAUAGACUGAAGACCGCUAAUCCAGAGACUGCUCACCCACAGCCGGUAGAACAAGUUGACCCUCUUGCUGGCCAGGCUCAGUUUCAGUGUCCUCAAUGCAAGAAGAGUUUUCUUUACAAGUCUCACUUCACCCUCCACUGGAGGUCACACACAGGAGAGAGACCCUUCAAGUGCAACUUGUGCAACAAGGCCUUUCUACAGCCCUCUGACCUGAGAGUCCACCAGCGUGUCCACACCGGGGAGAAGCCUUACUCGUGUGAGGUCUGCGGAAAGGAGUUUGCCCAUGGAUCCACCCUGCAGGGCCACAGUCGGGUGCACACGAAGGAGAAGCCUUAUGUGUGUGAGAGUUGUGGGCAAUGCUUCCGCCACAAGGGAAACCUCACUGUCCAUUUCCGCAUCCAUUGUGGCUUGAGACCCUACACCUGUAAGAAGUGUAACAAGACUUUCCGACAGCAGGGAACUUGGAAACGUCACAUGAAGACCCACUGGAAAGAGAGAAAGGCACGUGCGAGAGAGGAACCUUCAAGAAAGGCACCUGCGUAA